ACUAACAAAAUAAAAACCAACUCCCCGCGUCCUUUCGUUUCUCUCGUCCAAACAAAACCCCCGAUGGCUGCCGGAGCGUCGCGUCCCCUCUCUCUCCAGAUCGCCGAUGCAAUCCUUCUCCUCUUCUUCCUCGUCAUCUCCCUCGUCGCACCUCUCUUCGACGCGCAAACCUGCUUUCCUACUCGCUUCUUCCCCCAAUUCCUCGUCGACCUCAACUCCUGGUACGCCAAUGAGUACGGCGAUGUUCUCAUGCUUGAGAAGCCCGGCUUCUUCGUCGGCCUCAUCUGGCUCGAGAUCUUCUUCCAGUGGCCGCUCGCGCUCGCCAACAUCGUCGGAAUAAUCGGCAGGAAAUCGUGGUACAGGACCACGUGCCUCAUCUACGGCGUCUCUACUUCCAGUGGAAUGGUCGCCAUCUUGGGAGAGCUGAUUGGAUCAGGCAAAGCAACGGAUAAGCUGUUGAUGGUGUAUUCGCCUUUCUUGGUUCUCUCUCUUCUCGCCAUUUUACGUGGCCUUGUUACUUGUUCUUCUUCUUCUUCUUCAAUCCAUCUCAAGUCCAGGAGGAAAAAGAGGGUAUGAGGGACCCAUUUAUUCUUCCUUUCAAUUUUCAUUUUGUGCUAUGUGUAUGUUUAUUGGCUCUUCUUUUUAUUAUGUUUUUCUAAAUACAGUAUUGGAAGAUAACCAAUUUUUUUCAUGUUAGAGAAACAGUACUUGCCCUUUUUUUUGAA